AUGGAGCUGUCAUCACCAGUUGAUGAUUCGGAUAGCGCAGGCGUAGAGUCUGAGCCGAUCCCUGGGCUGAAUGGGGUUCCCGUACGAUGGUACGAUGCAGAUCGCACAGAACCCUACACGCGGAUCACCCCCUUCCAAGAACGGCAUGAUACCAGCGUCGAAUUCUUCUACAAACCCAUAACACUCUCCGCCCUCGCCCUAGGCCUCGCCCUCCUCGCAUACGUAGCGACCACCCAAUCCGUCCUCGAAGAAGGCCGCGACAAACGACGCGUCGGCGCCUAUGCCUCCCUCCUCUCCUUCCUCAUGUUCUCCAUCCUCCAGUUCCGCGAUGGCCCCUUCAUCCGGCCCCACCCCGCCUUCUGGCGCAUGGUCCUCGGCAUCAACCUCCUGUACGAGUUGGCCCUGGUCUUUUUGCUCUUCCAGGAUCUGGACUCGGCGAGGGGGAUGAUGAGAGAGUUGGACCCCGCCUUGGGCGUGCCCUUGCCGGAGAAGAGCUAUGCGGAGGAUUGUACGCUUAGCUGGGGGGUCGUUUGGAAUGCGCUCGACGUGUUUUGUGUUGCCCAUACGCUCGGUUGGUUCGGCAAGGCGAUGAUUUUGAGGGAUUAUUGGUUUUGUUGGAUCCUGAGUAUCGCGUUCGAGCUGGCAGAGUAUAGCUUACAGCACCAGCUCGCUAAUUUUGCAGAGUGGAUCUUGGACGUGCUAAUCUGCAAUUGGAUUGGCACCUACCUCGGAAUGAAAGUUUGCCAGUAUUUGGAAGUCAAGCCUUACGAAUGGCGUGGCCUACGCCAACACCGGGGCCUCCGCUCCAAGGCUCGACGCGUCCUAAGCCAGUUCUCGCCCCACGACUUUACGGCUUUCAAAUGGGGAACGGCAUCUUCGUUUAUGCACUAUAUCAGUGUGGUGCUCCUUCUGGCUGUUUUCCUCGCAGCGGAGCUAAACCCGUUUUAUCUCAAGACUCUCUUGUGGAUGGAGCCUGAUCAUCCUAUCGUCAUUAUGAGGUUGGCGUUUGUGUUCUUGUGUGCGCUUCCUGCGGUGAGGGAGCUGUAUCAGUAUAUUAAUGAUCCGAGAAAAGCUGUGAGGAUGGGCCAACACGUCUGGCUCCUCCUGGCGACUAUCCUUACCGAGAUCCUUGUCAUCAGGAAGUGGAGCGUGGGCGUGUUCACUGAGCCGUUCCCGGCGAGGGUCAAAUGGGGCUUGGGUACCGGCGCGGUGCUGUUGGUGCUGUAUCCGGUUGUGCAGUUUGGUAUUCCGAGUGCCAGGAGGUACGUUCGUAAAGAGAAGAGGAAGGCGAGGGGCAGGCCAGGGUUGAAGAUAGAGUGA